GGCCCCAUCCUCUGUUGCACUCGAAGUGUCGCAAUUGUGUCAUUCACGUACCUUGAUGGAUCCCGCUGUUGUGAAAGCAGUUGAAAAAGAUAUUGUCCACACCUCGAUUGUAGCACGUAGCCCAGAUGCAUCGUCAGCCACAACCACAAUGGAAGCACACUCCCAACCCGAAAUGAUAUUCACGGAUCUGGAGAAAGGCAUCGUCAAGACGGAGACGGCUGUAGUCCCCAACAACCUAGUGCAUGAACAGAAACCCAGAAGAACCCUCAAGAGCCUCGCUUGGCUAUACUUCGACUACGCCUGGUAUGUCGCUCUGACUCCUUACCGUCAGCUAUGGACUCUCGUCGUAUGCGCCAAUCUGAGCGCCAUCCUCGCCGUCGUCGCUUGUUCAGACAAACACCUGCCGUCCAUGACAAGUGCCGCCAAUGCUGCCGUGGCCAACCUGCUCAUGGCCGUGUUGGUUCGCCAAGAUUACAUGAAGAACGUCAUGUAUCACACCUGUUGGUCAAUUCCGCACUCGGCACCAUUGUGGCUCCGCAGGCGACUCGCUCUGGUAUACGAGAACGGCGGAGUACAUAGUGGAGCCGCAGUGAGCACCCUGAUGUGGUUCGUCGUCUUUACCGGCUCGCUGUGGACGAGCUACGCUGGCGGCAACUUCAGCGAUGUCGGCGUACUGCUCCUCGAUUUACUGUUAGCCAUACUCCUCUCCUCAAUCGUCGUGACAGCGAUACCUCAAGUCCGUCGCAGGUACCACGACCUCUUCGAGAACGCCCAUCGUUGGGCAGGCUGGUUCGGCAUUGCCCUGUUCUGGGUGUCACUUGUCCUUCUCGCACGAGACCAAGCCCGAGCCUCAGCAUCCGGACUCACCAUCGGUCAAAGCUUGGUCCAGCUACCAGCUUUCUGGCUGCUAAUCAUCAUCUCUUGCCACGCCAUCUACCCCUGGCUACUCCUCCGCAAGGUCGCCGUCGUACGCGCCGAGCGCUUGACCGACCAUGCCAUACGCAUAUACUACGAUCCACGUGAGCGCAUUCCCGCGUUACAUGGUGUAGCCAUUUCCGACGCACCGCUUUACGAAUGGCAUGGCUUCGCUGCCAUACCGCCGCUGCAGGAGAGCGACAAAGGCGCUUUUUCUUCCAUCAUCUCACGAGCCGGCGACUGGACAGCCAAGACCAUCGAGUCGCCCAGACCUUACUACUAUAUGCGCGGGAUUCAUGCCACCGGUGUUCUUGCAAUGGCACAAGUCUUCCGCCGCGUCGUGGUCAUGGCUACUGGGAGUGGUAUUGGACCGUGCCUGGCGCUCUUCGGCGCCGGAACCGUAACCAAGACCAAGAUACACAUCAUCUGGUCGGCACCGAGUCCAAGAACGGUGUUCGGUGAUCCAAUCUAUGAUGCGGUGCUGCGAAAGGAUCCGGAAGCUACAAUCUGGGACACGCGCAAGGACGGGCGAAGGCCGGACAUGGUUGAGCUGGCGGAGGACAUGUACCAUGCCGUUAACGCUGAGGCGGUGUUCUUCAUAAGCAACCGCGACCUCACUCGGAAAGUCAUCGCUGAGCUGCGGAGGAGGCGGGUGGCGGCUUAUGCUCCUAUCUUUGACUCGUGAAGGCCCAGAAAAGCCGGUAGACAAGGAUAAGGCAUCCUAGUCACAGACAGUUCUCUCGAAGCGCUGAUUGAUGUGCAAUAUGUCAAGUUGUGCGUGGCGCUCAGCAAGGAGACUGAGCAAGUUUGUCGCGCUCUAGUGACAUCGUCCCUGUAGAUUCCCCAAGACCAAUCAGCCAUUCUUGGCCUGCC